AUGAAAUGGAAUGGGAGGGCCCUUCCAUUGCAGGGAGAUAGGCCCUUUGGACAAAUGUUGAUGUGGAAUGGGAGGGCCCAACCAUUGCUAAUGCUCUUAGGGGUGGCAAAAUGGGUAGCGGUUUAUCAUCCUAUUUUGAUCUAUUUAGUGAUCAGUUCGCUAGUUUCUUUGAUUCCACUCGGUCUUCCUUUUCCAUUUUCUUCCAAUAGUUCGACCUAUCCAGAAAAAUUGUCGGCCCACGAAUGUGGUUUCGAUCCUUCCGGUGAUGCCAGAAGUCGUUUUGAUAUACGAUUUUAUCUUGUUUCCAUUUUAUUUAUUAUUUCCAUUUUAUUUAUUAUUCCUGAUCCGGAAGUCACCUUUUCCUUUCCUUGGGCAGUACCUCCCAACAAGAUUGAUCCCUUUGGAUCUUGGUCCAUGAUGGCCUUUUUAUUGAUUAGAUUGAUCCCUUUGGAUCUUGAUCCAUGA